GACUGCGAUGUAUUGACAUCCUCGGAUUAAGGCAAACAUCGCACACGCCUCCCCUGCUCUUGUUUCUCGGCUUAAUGAAUGAUUCCCAGAGGCGGCCAAUUGUUUGCGAGGCAUGGCAGCAGAAGAUGAAGGGAUGAGCUUGGUGUAACUUUUGGAUGACCCCCCACCCCCACCCCCCCCCACCCCCUUGACAAAGACAGUCGCCAUCAAUUGUCCUCACUCUGCUUUUAUAGCAGGGGGCUUCUUCUUUGUCGCUUUUCAAAAGCUCACAUGAGGGCUGCAGAGCUUGUUGGUUGCUUUACUCUCGUUCCUCUUUAGCAUUAAAUGAGAGGAAUAAAGUGGUUUUGUUCUCUCGGGGGGGGGGGGGGGGGUGGACCUUCAUUUUGCAGACGUGCGAGCAAGCAGAUGUCUGAAGGUUUAUUUUUCCUGCAGGAGUCUAAUUAGGGGCAUAUUUGGAGAGGAUGAAAUUGCUCUUUAGUUGUAUGUUUACCCGUGCGAGCAGCAGCGUCACCUCCAUUGGCCCGCACGGUCACAUGGUCCGCUAACUUUAUUCAGUUGACACCAAAGUAGGAGGGCUUUAUGGAGGGAGGAAAAAAGACAACUGGAGAAAAAUUAGUAUUUUCUACCUUCGCAAAUUAAUGGCCAUGACUUCGUAUAUGGUGAACUCCAAAUAUGUGGACCCCAAAUUUCCUCCCUGCGAGGAAUAUUCGCAGAAUAACUACAUACCUGAGCAGGGCUCGGACUACUUCAACCCCUCGCAGGACACUGACUUUCAGCAGCCGGCGAUCUACCCACGCGAGAACUACACCGAGCAAGCGUUCGGCUGCAACUCAGUGCAGGAGUCUCCGGUGCAGCCGCGGGGUCACGUCCACGACACAGCCGGCCGGUCGAGCCCCUACGGCGCACAGACAGAGCCGGGCGACUCGGUCCACGUGGCCGCAGCCAGGACGUGUGGACAGCGGAACACAAAGAGCCCGAACGGCAUCCAAGGAAAGCAGUCCGCGGUAGUUUACCCCUGGAUGAAGAAAGUGCACGUCACCACGGUGAACCCGGAUUACACAGGUUCCGAGCCCAAACGCUCGAGAACCGCUUACACGCGGCAGCAAGUUCUGGAGCUGGAGAAGGAGUUCCACUUUAACCGCUACCUGACCAGAAGGCGCCGCAUCGAGAUCGCACACACGCUUUGCCUGUCCGAGAGGCAGAUUAAAAUUUGGUUCCAGAACAGGAGGAUGAAGUGGAAGAAGGACCACAAACUGCCGAACACUAAGGGCAGGUCGGUGCCGACCCCCGGCCACCUGCAAAGCCUCCACAAGGACAACCACAUUGACAUCACCUCCUUAUAAACAAGGAAGAAAUUCACUUGCAUCGGACUUUUUGCAUGGAGUGAACUCGUUUUUUUUUAAUUUUUUUUUUUACUAUUUUUUAUUUAACAAAAAAAAAAAAAAUCAGUAUUGACCUGAGCCUAAGAUAUUAAAAUAAUAAUAAAUAAAUAAAUCAGUAUUUUACCGCAGAAGCCCGACAUACUUCCGGCAAACAGGCACCACCAAUUCAACCAAACAUUUUUUUGUUUUUAUUAUUAUUACUUUUCUUUUUUUGAUUGGGGGGCGGGGGGCUCAGUGAGGACAUCCACUUUUUGUGGAUUUAACAGUGUCGUCUGUCGCGGAUUCACGCGGUCUUAUAGGCUUAAGUAGCUUUAUUUAGCACAGGGAUGCCAUUCGUUCAAAUGGCACACAUACAAAAAAAAAAAAAAAAAAAAAAAAAAAAAAAGCUCCUCUCUCAGUAAUGCACAAUUCACUUGAAGGAAAAAAAUUGCAAACAGGAAAGGAACUCAUACAUUUCGUUCUUACUUCGUUACGUUUGUUUUAACUUAUUUUGUACGAUAAAAAGCAUUUUUCCUUUUAAGUAUUCCGACAUAAGCAUUCCUUAUACGAAUAGCCAUUCUUCUUCUCUGUUGAAAUUUUCCCUUUCCUGUCAUGCCAAUUUAUUUUUGUAAUUCUUCCUGGAUGACAUCGAAUGUGUUUGAAAUAUUGCGGAUAUUUAGGUGAAUGUUUAAUUUUAUUUAUUUGCUUAAAAAGUGUACAUUUUCGUAUACCGCUGGCGCGCGCACGAUGACACGAAUGCUAUUGCUUCAGUAACCUUUUGAAAUUAUACGUUUGCGCAUGGCUUUAUCUCAAGUUUCGUCUUAGUUUAAUGUGAGAAUGUGUUUUGCCUUCUUUAGUUACACAAAAGCAGUGGGGGUGUCGUGUCAGGUUUUAUUUAUAUUAAAAAAAAAAAAAAAAAAAAAAAAAAAGAAGAGAGAUUUGUUUUCAUUUUUUAACCGCCAUUGUCUGAAGACAAGCGAAGGCCCAGAAGCUCUCCCAGCCCGUGGACAUCUUCUCUUUUUGGGCGAAGGUUGGUGGCAGGUUCAUUCAGGGGACACGCUGCAGCCGCAAGGGCUGACCCCCGACACCCCUGACCCGGCCGGACAAGCUGCAUUUUCUCCUUUUUCGCCCUCACAAACAAGCAUUCGAAGCAUUCAAAGCGAGACGGUGCGUGACUUCUCCAGCGGACUUCUUUCUAUCCCCCCCCCCCUAAAAAAGGCACAGCAUAUAUCUGAUGUUCCGAUAUAGGCGUCAUUGUCGACAUGCAAUGUCUUUUACCGGUCUUAUUUUUGUACAUGCUUUCUACCUUGUAUUUGUGCAUCGGGAUGUGAGAAGUAUAUUGGAAACAAAUAAAGAUUUCUACUGAUUAUGCAUUUAAAUGA